CUCACAUACACUUACACAGUUAACACAGUUAACAAUAAUGCCAGCAACAAAAUGGACCAAGACAAAAAAAGGGAUUUACUUGAAUCGGUAUUCAUUUUCAUUCAGGCAUGAGUGGGUAUGAUGGACAUACAGCUGACAUUGAAAGUACUGACAUAACACCUGAGGACUUCUGAUUUCUGUCUGUUUCAUACACCAAGCGAUGAAUGAACGACUGGGUAGUAUAAAUCAACAUCACAUGCCAGCAUCUGCACAGGGACCAGGCAUGCUCAGUGGACAUCAGAUACCGCCCAUCAGAAUUAAUGCAGGAACACCUGGAUCAUCUUCAAAUAGCAAUACCCCUAGCCCAGCUGUUGGAAAUAUGUCGAACAAUGCACAUUCAAAAACAGCACUAAAUGAUGUACCUCAUUCUACUGCCAAUGUUGUAACAGAUGGUAGCAUUCACUUCCCUGCUUUAAGUACCCGAAGAAAUGUUGUUGCAAAUGGAAAGCCCACAUUUCAAGUUCCAGUACCCCCAGGUCAGCCAGCAGCUCAGUCAUCCAAGCCAAAGCAGCAAGGUAUUGGGAACAUAUUCCCACACAAUGCAAAAGGUAGUCUUACCUGUGGAGCUCAGCAUGAAUCAUCUGUAAAAGGCAGCUGCAACAAUCUUCUGGUCACCAGCAGUGCAAUGACAGUCCAUAGACUCGGUUCUAUAUCACCACUACCCAAUCAGGCUGUAGCGGGCAAUCACCACAACUCCAAUACAAAUCGACCCAUGAACCCAGCAAAUAUGAGACUACCAACUUCAGAAACAAGGUCUAUCAUGUCACGUGAGUCGGUGGCUUCAAUGACUAUUAGUUUAACAGAAAGUCACUCCACCUCACACAGUGUAAAGCAAGAAUGGCCCCAUGGUUACAGAAUUCUUCCAUCACUUCCACUAAAUCAAGGUUCUCAAAAUGGAAGUGACCAGGGUGAUGUUUUGAGCAUACCUCCAGGAACUGCAAUGUCUAAUAACAGUAAUGGCACUUCAUUACCUUCUUACCUUUUUGGGACAGACAGUAGUCACUCUCCAAUACCCAGUCAACAUCCAUCUUCAAGGUCCCAUUCCGCUCGUUCAAAGAAACGAGCAUUGUCAUUGUCACCUUUAUCAGAUGGCAUAGGCAUUGACUUUAAUACAAUUAUUCGUACCUCACCAACAUCUUUAGUUGCCUACAUCAAUGGGUCCAGAGGCUCACCCGCAAACACAUCCCCACAACCUGAAGUAUAUGGCCAUUUUCUUGGAAUAAGAGGCAGCUGCAUACCACAAUCCUGCAAUACAACAAACACCCAAAGAAAUCUUCUGAUGGCAAAUGGCGGAAUUACCCUUCCACUGUACAGUGAAAACAACAAUGAAGAAUAUCAGCGGAUGCAACAGCUAGAGCAAAGCAGCUUACAAGAGACAGUUACAAACAACAUGGUAGUUCAGCAAAGUAUGCCAUCUGUGGAGAGCCAGCAGAUGGGAAUGUAUAAAAAUGAACAAGUGGAUGCAUUUGCAGCAAGUGCACUGAGCAUGCCAGCUCUUCCUCCCCCUCCUCCUCCUCCUUCUCAUCGGCCCCCACAUGGACCACCUCCUCCUUACCAUGCGCACCAGCAUCUUGUGCCUCAUGAACACAUGACAGCAACACAUCAGCAUAUUGCAUCUCCCACCCAUGGUGCUUUACUAGAGGAAGAGGAAGAUGCAGAUGACUUUAAUGGCAAACACUGCUGUCGGUGGAUUGACUGCAGUGCGAUGUAUGACCAGCAGGAAGAACUUGUGAGGCACAUUGAAAAGCUGCAUAUAGACCAGAGAAAGGGGGAGGAAUUUACUUGUUUCUGGUCAGGUUGUCCAAGAAGAUACAAACCAUUUAAUGCACGUUACAAACUUUUAAUACACAUGAGGGUACAUUCAGGAGAGAAACCAAAUAAGUGUACGUUUGAUGGCUGUAAGAAAGCCUUUUCAAGGCUAGAAAAUCUGAAGAUUCACUUAAGGAGUCACACUGGAGAAAAGCCUUAUCUAUGUCAACAUCCUGGCUGUCACAAAGCAUUUAGUAAUUCUAGUGAUCGAGCAAAACACCAGAGAACUCACCUUGAUACAAAACCAUAUGCUUGUCAGAUUCCUGGAUGUUCAAAGCGCUAUACAGAUCCAAGCUCCCUGAGAAAGCAUGUAAAAGCACACUCGUGUAAAGACCACCAGAGUAGGAAAAAGUUACGUCCCAGCACUGACCUCAGCCAAGAUAUUCUCAAUGACUGCCUUACUAUUCAGCCUCUACAGCCUUCAUCGUCACCACAUAAUACAGUUGAUGGCAGUUUGGGUAGAUCACCAAGUUCCUCUCAUGAUGUUUACCCAGGUGCUGUACUGCAAUGUCUGAGGUCAUGUGAUGGAGAAGAGGGAAAAGGAAUGUUCUCCAGCACACAUUCAAGUCGAAGUGGAACGGCCACUGGACCAUCACAUCCUCCCACCCACCCACCUCCUGGACAAAAUGUACAAAGUAGCCCUCACAACCCACAGACACAACUGAUUCCACUGCCAGCAGUGGAAGAAGGAAGUGAAAGGUUUACAGCCCAAGUCCCAUCUCCUCAUCACAUUAGUCCACGAAGGAUUCCUGUUCCACCUUCCAUGAUACACAGAAGGAAUCCACCACAUCUGCAUAACCAUCCAUCCGGUGCACAUCUAAAGCCAUUCCCACCCAUUGCAAACAUGCAACUGCAGUCCAGUGGCAUUCAUGUUCAUGGUUUUUAUGGACAGCUACAUACCCUGUAUCCACCAUACCACACAGAUACCCAACAUGGCAUGCCUCAAGGUAUCUCACGAAAUAUGAUGUCUCUCCCACCUAUUGAGGAUGGAGUGAUUCCCUCAUCCACAGGGCAGACAGGUUUUGAUGUUUUUCAUCGUGCAUUUUCUGCUCACUCUGGCAUUGCAGUCUAUGACAUUCCUUCUGGAGCACCAAGUUUUUAUGGAGAAUCACUGAGGAAUGGGCCAGAGGACACAGGCUUUCUUCAAAUUAAUGCUGUUGAUCGCUGUCCUAGUCAACUGUCUUCCAUCUAUACAGAAGGCUAAGCAUUUUCGACUGUCAAUAAAAUGAACUCACAUUCUUGAGGCGUUCUUGAGUUGGUAACUGGCACUAUAUUAUCCUAGUGGAAUGAUAAUGCUGGUGUUUCAGUUUUGCCAAGCCUUUUACAUAAGAAAAAAAGAAAAAACAGUCAAAUCAGUUUUGACUUUCUACAGCCUUAACUGUUUCUUACCUAAUUCUGUCAUGUGAGAAAUGCCCAACAGAGUAACAGCAGUCUGUUAAAUGGAAAUGCAUUUUAGCAUUAAUUCUAUUAUUUUUUAUAGAAACGUGAUUGCAUUUGUUCAACAUGUAUUGCAACAAAAGGGAAUGCAUGAAAAAAAAUAAUUUGUUCAAAUACAGCAUCAUGACAUUCCUGUAUGGGGACACUUUUGUUUUGGAAUUCCUUUGGGGUUCUUUGCUACAUCAAAUGAAAAUUGUUAAUUGCUACCUGCUGUAAUGCAUCAUCUGCUCCUCUAGAAUCCUGCAACAUUUAUGUAUGGGGCCACUUUUGUUCUAGAAAUCCUUUGGAGAUCUUUGCAGUAUCACAUGAAAAUAAUUGCUACCUUUUGUAUUGUAGUUGUUCUACAGGGUAGAAUCCUGUGGCAUAGAUGUAACCACUUUUGUUCUAGAAUUCCUUUGGGAUUCUUUGCAACAUCAAAAUGAAGGGCUAAAUACUAAAUGCAGCCGGCUGCCACAUACCGAAAUAAUGCAGCAGUAGUUUGUGCUUCUCCUUAAGACCUUGACACUGUUCUAUGAAGUAUAUGUUCUUAGUGCUAACAGAGACAAAGGUCUUGGUAUAUGUCCAAAUCAAUGAAGCCGUAUAAGGAAAUGAUCUCCCCUCACAUGGUCAGGGUAAUACACAAAGAUGUCAAGAGAUGCAUUCUGUAAAACACAGCCUGAGUAAGAAGGUGUGCGAAAUGCUACCCAAGAUACAUUAAUAGCUGUGCUUUUCAAAUGUCUGUUUUGCUUUUAAAAAAGACAUGAGACACAUACAUACUUGGGUAGGGCAUUCCUAUAAAUCUGUGAGCCUUCAUAACUCUUCCUACUGUUACAUUACUUUCAGCCUUAACCAGUGCUGUUGCUAUCUUUCCAAUUUUCCUUUCAAUUUAGACAUACAAAUAUUCAUUUGGACAGGUGCACCUUUGGGCCUACAUGCAUGUAUUCAUACUUCAUUUCUAAUGCCAAACACAUUUAUUCUUCACACACAGAGAAUACCAGCACAAAACAUCUAAAACCACAAGAAUUAUUGUAACGAUAGCACAGCGAUUUUCUUUAGUUAUGUAACACCUUUUAAGGAGCAACAGGUAGGGAAUUAGGGAUUUUGGCUUUAACCAGCUUGUAUUUAGAAACCAAACAGAUUCAACUGCCUUGGUUUUUUAAUAUGACCAAUAAUGAAAUAAACCUGCAUGAGGUCUAGAUAUUCAUAGGUACCCAUGGCAAAUAAAAAUAAAUGCUUCUCAGGAACAUAUUUAUUUUGCGAUUAAGAACAAAAUUUACUUUUACCACAUUGUUUCACUCUGUAGAAACCAGUUAAAUUCAUGCACAUAUAUACAUAUAAACACACAUGUGUGUGUCCAUACCUGCUUUUUUUGCAUGUGAGUGCAUCAUUAAUAUAAUCAAAGGUGUCAAGGACAAGGCAAAAACUGGGAUUUUGUCUAAUAUAAUUAGUAGUUUUCCAUAUUCUGGCAUUGUGAAUAAUGCAGUAAUGAGACUAGAUUUGAAAGAAUGCUAACUGCUGUUACUCCUGGCAUGCACUAACUUAAGAGUAAGAACAGUUAAUAUGGGGAUUGCAAGGAUAAAGCCACCUAUAGGUGUACAGAAGGGUAUCCCCCAGACAGAAAUUUUAUUUUAAGGCAUUCCUAUGUUUUGCUUUCAUAAUUCCAUUGCACUUAUCUGAAAGACUGAUAUAGCUGAGUACCUAUUGCACAAGUUCUAAACGUAUAUUUAUAAUGAAAGCAGGAUGUGCUCUGUGCUGCAUAAUAAUUUAUUCCUGUAAAAACCCACUUUUUAAAGAUAUAAAUUUGUAUGGCAUGCUGCAAUGCAGUGCAUUAAUGGCUUCCUUUCACCUUUCAAGAUGCUAAGCUCACAUAAAAGAAAGCAGGUGGGAGGUACUGCUCCGCCCACAUUCAUUGUGCAUUAUGAUUAGUGCUUAUCUUACUGACAAAGAAAGUGCACUUAAAAAAGGAUAUUGCCAAGAAAAUUACAUGCCCUGUUUAGAGAGAAAGUGCAGCAGAAAUACUGGUUUUCCCUUUAAUAACUUAAAUUUAUCUAAUGGCAUUACUACUAUGGUUUAUUGGAAGGAAUACUGUCAUAUACAUGUGCGGAAGGGAAGCAGGGCAGCAUUGCACUGAACGUUUAGACUUAUUUUAUUUACUUUCUGAAGCUAUGCAGAUAUGUUGCGCAAUGCAUUUUCCAGUGGAGGAAAUCGUUUAAAUUCCACUAACAGCACAGACUUGUAUUACUACAAUAUGCAAGUUGUUUUACUUUCCUACUAUCUGCGGAGAAAGUAAAUGGAAGUACCAAUACAGUUUAAAUGUUGUUACUUGCAUCAGCCUGGGGAGUAUAUAACUAGAAAAAAAGCCAAAGAAGCAAAACUAACUGAAAAUGUAAUGACACAGUUGCUCUAAGGGAAUUAUUUUAUUGGUCCUGUCAUUAACAGAAGUGCAAUAUUUUAGGAGAAUUUUCCAUAACAUGGCUGGUAGAAAGAUAGGCUAAAAUCAAUACUGCCUGAGAGGCAAGAACAUCAUUACUAACACCAUUGUAACCAUUAACAAUUUGAUGCUUUAAUCCAUGUUUGAAGAGUUACAAAUGUUUCAAAGAAAACUUGCAGUAACAAUGAUUAGGUAGAUUAUUUAUGCAUUACAUUUGUAAGUUGUAAAUUUUAUUCAUUAUUUCCAAGGCAAUUAGUGUAAGGAUAUGAUGUUUUGCAGUUUUAUAUGUGUUCUUAGAUCAGUACAAUUUAAUCCCCAAGUUAUAUCCUUCUGCUGAAUUUCAGAUUCAUAGUCUUGUUGCUAGGGCUAUUUGAAAGUGCCAUUAUUUUACCUCAUAGAAGCAGAAGUAAGCAAUAAUAUACAUUUUUAACAGUUGCAACUCUGUUUUCAUUUAAAAUACCUCAGUAUUAAAUAAUAAAGUAUGUUUAAUAGCACUAAUGUGAAAUACAGGAUGGAUAGACUAAAUUCCUUGCAAUACUAAUGUUAUCUACAGCACAAAAUCAUUUUGUUAAACUAUGGAGUGCCUUACGACAAAUUCUUUUAUGGUCAUGGAGAAGAAAAAACAGUUACAAAUCUAAUGAUUUAUAUGUUUAUAUGCAGGCUCAUAUAUUUGUAUAAGUCUAAAUGGUAUCAAAUGCCUCAAGUGCCUUGGGUUUAAUAAUUUUACUAGAUUUUACUAGAUUCAGGGGAAAAUAGCAUCUAACUGAGAAAUAGUUUUGUUAGUGUUACUCAAAUAAGGAAUUGCAAGAAGCAUAUGGUUGUUUACAUUUAUGUCACUACAUAAACACAUGCACACACACCUUCACCCCCCCCCCAACACACACACAUAUGUGUGUGGGAAGUUCUGUGUGUGUGUGUGUGUGUG